GAUUUGAGCACCAGCUUCUGUACAAUCAGCAUCACACACGCCACGUAAGCUAUGCAGCUAUGCACAAGAAAAGAGCCAAGGAAGGCAGGCGCAAAAUACACCUACCAGACGGCACAUGUCUACAUCUAUGCCUACAUCCACCGGGCACGCAGCCAUCUUUCCCACAGCCGGUCAGCGGCGACACUCUACUGCUGCCCCCUGUCGCCCCAAUCAUCCACCGCCCCUCGCAACAGCAUAGCUAUUGAAGACACGCUCGUCAUCAUUGGCACCGUGCGGCCGUGGGAUUGUCACAUGGAUGCCAUAGUCGGAUGCCUCGGCCCUCACCGCCCUGUACAGCAUCUCACAGAUGCCCACACGACGGCCGUCCACAGCGAAGCACCACAGCGGGGCGAUGCCGCCCUGACCGCCCACCACACGACCGUUGCCAUGCAAAGGGCCCUGCUGCUGCGCCGCCGCCGGCUGGCAGAUGACCCGAUUGCCCUCCCUCACGUAUUGCUGGACGGCGUUGUUGAUUCGGUCACCGAUGGGCCGGUCACCGAUUGGGAUGCGGGGGGGCGGGUCGGGGGCCAGGUGGCCGAUGAGUGUCACCACCUCGGUCGCCCAUAUGCCUCAAGGAGCCCGGUGGGCAGGUCAUCGUGGAAGUCAGCAGCCGACACAGAUGCUCCAUGCUCCAGCAGCCCGAUUAGCGUCUCGACAUGACGUGGCCCUAGGUCUGCCGCCGCCGACAGCACUGUGUUGCAGCCCCAUAGCGAUAUAGACGCUCCGGGGUGGCAGAUCUGGCGCCCUCGACGGCAGACGCACGGUGUCGGGGUCCUUGUCGAGGGCCCUUGAGUGGCAGGGCGUGCUGGAGGGGUCGCCGGCCACUGCUGUCUAGUGCGUUGACGACGUCUUCGCCCAGCGUGUCGACGAUGUAAUCAAUGAGCCGCUCCUGGCAGCUGGCGUCGGCCAGUGGGUGACGGCAGAACCGGUGGAUGGGCUGCAUGGCUCCCUCCUCGUCCCUCUCGGCUUCCUCCACCAGCACCGACUCGUCACGCUGCCCAAGCAUCUUGACUGCCCUCAGCACCUUAGCAGGCUCCUUGAUGUGAUGGAACCGCAUCUCAGCCAGCAGCUCCAUCCCUGCCACCGAUGCUCCCCUUGCGAGCAAGAGAUCGAUUAACUCCCACCUACCAUUCCUCACGGCCAAGCAGAGGGGGCCACGUACGCUGCCGCUCCGGGGCUCCAUGGGCGCCGCCGCAUCCAGGAGCGCGCGCAUCACACCAGCGGCCUCAGGCCCGUCCAGAAACCCGGCAGCAAGCUCAGGGACAGUCGAGGCGUAGGGCCUGAUGAUAAUGUGCUUGACGUCGGCGCCUUGUUGUAGAGGUCGCGUGCCGCCGCCUCGCUGGUGGCCUCACACACAAUGCCGGCGACUAGCUGCUUGGUCGGCUGGUUCGCGCCAUUGAAAUCCAGCUGCAUGGACCACCACCGAGGAACGAGUGAGCAUAUCUCCACUCGGUCGGAGAAUGUGAGGGUCGCAUUCGGCACGGAAGUGUAGGGUGCCGGGAGAGGAUGGGACACAGCUCAAAUGGGGGACGCACCCUGAAUGACCGGACCACGUAACACCAGAUGAACCAACCGACCACAUUACUACGUGUUGGUGUCCUUCCUUUCACCUGUGUGGGGUCGUACUUAGACGUCAUCACCGACACCCACUUGGCCGUGCGGGGGCUCCCGAAUUUGUCGUUGGCAACGACCAGCUACUCUGCCAUGGCGCUGCUGGUGGCGUCGCUUGACAAGUCCGUCUGCGCCGAUGAUGGCGUAGCCGUACGUGCAGUCCACAUGAGUACCCCUGUGUGAAGGGAGGACCAUAUGCAGAGACCAUCUCCUCGGGCACAUGGCCGAUGGCGGGUUCAUACGGGUAGCCCGUGAGCCAAGCACCAAAGCAACUGAUGGACGGAUAGAUGGAGGCACCACACAGCGCGAUAGAUAGAAGCAGGGUAGAUCUUGCCCUUUGGUUGCCGUCCUCACUCCAUGCACACAUACUUACUGUGCCUGAUUCCAGAAGCUGCCACGGUGAACAGGACCAGCACAGGCUCCCGGUCCUUCCGCCACAUAAUGCUCGACAACAAAGCCGCGUGCUGUGUGCUGCUGCUCGUAGCCUCGACUGAAUGCAAUGACUGAAUGCCAAGAGAGAAACAGCAGUACUUUG